CAUUUAUACACUGAUUUCAAAAUAUCAAAACCAAAAAUAUAUACAUAUAUACACAUUCGCAUGUACAUAUAUGAACGUUUCUAUAUGUAUACAUUAUUUUGGGAGCAAAAGAAAAUUCAACACUUGUUUCCACAACAAAUUCUACAGUCACAUUCAAAUCAGUUGCACGCGAGACGUGGUGUUGUUCGAAACAUUUUCAAUAUUUUUACUAAACUUUUUUUGUGAAUUUCUUUUCCAAAUGAGCUUUCAAAAUGAUCAGUAGUAACCGUACAAAAACAUAUGUUUUUAAUAAAAAAUAAAGUUGAAUAUGCAUAAAAGUGUUUAUAAAAUAUAAAUCGUAAUUAAAUAUAAAAACAAAACUAUUGCAUAAUAAUACAUGAUAAUUAAUAAAGGAAAUUACAUUCCAAAUAUGAAAAAACGUGAAUUUUACAAAAUAUAGAAAACUAAAAUUAAAUAAAAUUAUUCGUAUUGUCCCAAAAAAAGCUUUUAAUAUUAUUUUUAAGAUGUUUGCAUAUGUACGGACGCAUGUAUUCAAUUUUCGAAAUUAUUAUAUACAUACAAACAGACAUACACAUGUAUUAUGUAUGUAUGUACGUACAAAGCGUAUAUGAAAUGUACAUGAAGAAAUAAAUUUUAAAAAUAAACUUAUACCUGAAAUAAACAAUUAAUUGGAAAACCUGCUGGUCACCACUGCUAUAACCACAUACCUCCAUACACCUAUAGUAUGUUUAAAAUACGCCCUAGUUUUGUGUUUUUUAUUACUUUUUUUUCAUCUUGAAAAAGACAUAAUGAAACAUUUUGAAUCUUGAGUGGCCAAGAUAAACCAUAAAGGUGAAUAUAUACCAAGUGUUGCUUGUGUGGGAAGAAGAAGUGUUCCCAAAAUAAAAUAAAUAUAAACAGAUCUUUAGGAAAAAAAGUACCCAAAUGAAACAAAAAGAAAGCAAAUAGUGAUGCAAAAAAACAUGAUAUUUUAAACAAAUUCUAUAUAAUUUUAAAAUGAGCAAUCGUGAGCAGCCACCGCCAGCCACUGAUGAUAAAGGAUCAGAGGCGGGGGCCGGUUGUAUAAGUUCGCAAGAUUUUCGACAAAAUCAUUCAACGCAACGACCACCUAUGCCGCAUGAAUUAACGGCAGAAUGGACAGUUAGCGCUCAAUUGAAAUUUGCCAGAGCUGGGGAAGCAGUUAAGAAGGAAUUUAGUACAAAUGACACAGUCAAUCCUGUACGAGUGUUUUAUAAAUGGAGUAAAAUUGAUGACAAUACAACGGCAGGCGGUACACAAUAUGAUGACGACAAAACAUCGGAUUUAUUUAAAAGAACUUCUUCUAGAUCUUCAGCACGUUCUCAAGAUCCUAUGAAGAAUACAAACCCAUCAGAUGUUCAGAAAGGAGAGAGCUUUCGUUCCACAACAUCAUCAAUGACUUGCGGUGAUAUCGGUGGAGGAGAUUCUGCAUUUAGUGGUUCGAACACUUCAAAUAAACCUCAAAAUGACUCUUUGACCACUGAAGUUAAAGAUUCAUUAACAAACUUUUACGGUACCAGAUGCCGCAGCACAUGUAACAUUAUAGUUACUGCUGUGGCAGAUUUCUUAUCUCCCACUGACAUGCAAACAAUUGAUAAUAUAUCUAUUGAAAAUACUGAAAUGGAUUCGAAGCCAUUUGUAUUCAACACCACAGCUAGUUACACUGUGCAACCCGAAAAGUUUUUCGACCAGGCUUCGUAUUCAGAAAGAGCUAAACAUUUAAAUUUACGCGAUGCGGUUUGUCAAACUAGUGACACUGAAAUGAAAUAUUUUGUUCAACAUGAACGUAAGCGAAGUCCUUUGGAGCGACGAGAUUCACGAAGAUCAUAUGAUUAUAGAAGAGCUACAGUGGAUGAUUUGCUACAGCAGCCCGGAUUUAGAGGCCGUAUCAGUGAGGAACACUCUCAUAUGCCUUCCUAUAUACCUUCACCGAUUCAAACGUCCAAGUCGUCUUCGUUACCUCGUGUUUCUUCGUUGAUGGGAGGCGGUGUGGAAAGUAAAAUUGAUGACAAUUGUUUUCCCACAUUGACGGCUUCAGAGGCCCAAAAGAAACCACGUACAGUUCAUAUCGAUGUAUAUUGUACUGGUUCCGAGGACGACGAUCAAGCCGAUGCAGAAUCUAGUUCGGAUUCUGAAGACGAUAAAAGACUUGAUCAAGAAUCAAAUUCAACAUUUCAAACUGUUUUGGAUAAUGAACAAAUACGCUUAAGACAUCAGAGAAUAACGGGAAGCUCUCUGCCCCGUCGAUUAGCUGAAAAUAAUGCCACGAAGCUACCUAGCCAAAAAUCUGAUAGCUCACAGAAUAUAAAUAUAGGUCAUGCUAUAACGAAGUCAAGCACUGCUGAAGAGAUUCAUGAAUCAAAACAGUUAUUGUUUCGGAAACAUGUUGGCGAUCAGAGAGCUGUAAAGCUUCAGAAUCUUCGACAAAAAUAUCUACGGCAAUCUUCAGAUGAUACCUUAAGUUUAGGCUAUCCAAAUUCAUCAAGGUCGACAGUUCGUGACAACACUUGUAGCAGCAUAUCUAGUAUCUUAGCUGGACAAGAUGUCACUGAAACUUCAUGUAAAGAAACUGAUGAACUUGAAGAUCUUUCCUAUUCUUUAGCAAAAUCUGAUAGUUUUGAAUACGAAAAUGCUUUGGAUCGUUUAAGAAUACGACAAAUGGAACGAUUAUGGUCCCGAAGUCACUCAAAUGAAGACGAAUCCAAGUUGCACCAACCUGGAAAUAGUCAUUUACAAAGCAUUUCUGAGGUUACAACUUUCCAAAGAAAAUCUCCAAGUACAUCAAUAGUUCAUCAGCAAGAUACUUUACCGACUCAAAUAGAAAUCGUCUCUGAAACAGACCAAAAUUCAUCGUACUCAAAUGAAACCUUCAAUAGGUCGUCGCCCGUUAAUGUUUCAAAUUAUAAAUUUCAGCAGACCUCGCAUUUUCCGAGAAAUAAACCAGGAUUUCUACAAUUUUUUGGUCCGCAUUUGGAACAAUCGCAAACUCUUAACGUAGAUAUGUUGUCCCAACAACAACAAUCUAUUCCUGAACUGCAGAAUAAGGAAUCAACAUUACUCUAUCCAAAUUAUGGUGCUGGUUUACAACGCUGGAAAAGCGAAACGCGAGACAACUUAUCGGCUUCUGGUACACCAGUAUUAACACCUACUGAUUUAAGUAGGCAAACGUCUCCACAACCACCUCUACCUCAUCAAACUCCGCCUCCCUACAAUAUAAAUUUCCAACGUAGUGGUAGUGAAGCGCCACCUAGUACUACUAGUGCCAUUACUUUUCCCAUAACGACACCCACUCCAGCUAGACGUUUUGAUAUGUAUAAUCGCCCCAGCCCCGCUAUCAGUGAGGCAUCCACACAGCCACCACCUUUGGGAUAUUCCUCGGAAUACCUUGACAAGGCUAAGAUGUUUGGCAAGGUUGUAGCUGCACGUAAACCUGGUCACCACGUUGGCCCUACAAAAAAUCCGAAUUGUUCUUGUGAAAGCUGUCAAAGAUGGCUAGCAGAACGUUUCCAAAUACGUGGACGAGUUUUUUCUCUGGGUGAAAUGCCGGUUUUAAAAAGAGCUACAUAAUGCUUUACUUACUCAUAAUAAGUAAUAAAAUAAAUACAUACUGCCAAUCUGAUAGAUACUACUUAAUAAAUUAUUAGAAUUUUCUCGUGCAUUUACCAAUUUCAAUUUUGUAUCCUAACCCUAACAAUUACAUUAGAUUAAGAUUUUUUUUUUAAAUUAUAGUAAUGUUGUAAUACUAACAGAAAUAAAUCUAUUAUGAAUCAAAUUAAAAGUUUUAAAUAUUUAUAACUGUGUUAAAUAUUUCAUUGGAAAUUUUUACUUCUCAAUUUCGAAAAUAAAGUACCUAAAU